AUGGGGAACAAGGAGGACUCAGUGGACUUCAAGUAUCCCACAUGGGAUGGUGACUGGAACAAAUGGACAGACUAUCAGCUGCGUGUUGAGCUGAGAGCUGAUGGACUGAAAGAGGAUGACCAGAAACUUCUAGGACCUCGGCUUGCAUCCAAUCUGACUGGAAAGGCCUUUGACAGUCUCGCUGAGAUUGACAGAGAGAAGUUACGCCAACCGGAUGGGUGGCAGUACUUCCUCAGGUUUCUCGAGAAGACUCGAGGCCGUGAAAAGGUAGAUCUUCUUGGAGAUGCUUUCAACGAGUUCUUUGUGCGCAAAAAGAGUUUACCGCAAGGAUCAGAAGGUAAACUGCCAACAGAAGUCCUUGGCUGGUUCCUGUUGAACUGCUAUAUGAGGAUGGAUCCAUCGGACAUCGCCAAUGUUCGUGGACGCUCAGAGUCAUACAAGCUGGAACACGUGGUGGCCUCCCUUCAAAAGAUGUGGAGUGGAGGCGGCCUAGCUGCCAAGGAUCAAGAGAUGCGUCGUCGCCGAAAAGAUGGUGGACAAGCUUUGCUGGUUGAUGAACCUUCUCGACCUGAUGAAGGGGAGGUCUACCAGAAUGUGGACGAAGAUGUGAUGGAAAGCCAUGCCGCCACAAAUGAUGAAGAGCUUGAGGAAUUGGCCACUUGGUACCAAGAAGCCUAUGUUGCACUCGUAGAUGAGCCUGAUGAUACCGAGAUACUUGCCAAUUUCAAGGAUGCUCGUCGUGCCCUGGACCAAGCUAGAACGGCGAGGGGUUUUUACCCUGUGAGACACCCUGACAGUCAAAAAGGUCGUGGUAAGUCUCAGGGCAAGGGGAACUACAAUCGAGACAAUGAGUAUGCCAACAAGACCUGCAUUCGGUGUGGGAAGCGUGGCCACAUUGCUCGUAUUUGUCCACAACGAGCUCAAAGUGAUGGCAAAGGCCAAAGUGGAAAAGGAAGUGGCAAGGUGGGUUUUGUCGGUGUCCAAUGGCAAGAACCAACUGCAGAGAAUGCAUGUGAUAAAGGUGACGAGUGUGCACAGGUCUGGGCCUCGACUGGCCAUGAAAACCAACUUCGUGGCAAGGCUGUCCUGGAUAGUGGUGCCUCAGAUAACGUGAUUGGAGUGAACACUUUGCAAGAUCUCGCAGACAUGUACGAGGAGCUUGGCCUCAAUACUGAGGACGAGUUUGAGAUCGACCGUAACAUCCACAAGAGCUUUGUCUAUGGCGGUGAUCACAGCAGCAAGGCUCUGGCACUUGCACACCUGAACCUUGGUGUCUUGGGAAAUGAGAUGAUGGUCGAUGUGCAUGUCGUGGAGGGCAGUACACUUCAGUACACCUUUGCUGCUCAGUGCAAAGUGAAGGAUUCAACCGAAAACAACAGUUUUGAUUUUGAUCCCACUCACGCCAUUUUGGCUGAAGAGGUGGCAGGUGCUGAGGACAAUAUCAAUGCUGCGCCCGUUCCUGAUAGGGAGGAACAAGACCAACCUCAAGCACCUCGGGAUGAUAACAGAGAAUCUGAGGAGGACACUGGGAAUGAUGCCGCAUAUAAACAAAUGAUUCGUGAUGCUCACCGAAAUUUGGGUCAUCCUGGCAAAGAAUCAUUUAUUAGGCUGUUGAAAGAUGCUGGUUCCAAACCCCGAAUCAUUCAACUUGCUGAAGAAUUUGAUUGUCCUGAUUGUCUCAUGAGGGGUGGGAGAAGUACUGUCCGCCAGUCUGUUGUUCCCAAAAUCUAUGAAAAAUGGCAGUGUGUCAGUGUUGAUUCCUUUUGGUGGCAUACUCCUCGUGAAGCCUUGAAACCCGGGGAAAAACCUCAGUAUUGUAUUGGGAUUAGUAUGAUGGAUGAAGCCACUGAUUUCCACUGUGCCGCAAUCAUCAGAUCUGGUUUUGAGAAACCUUUUCGAAAUAUUUCUGGAGCUGAUUUCAAACAGGCUUUUGAGAAGACCUGGCUCCAGUGUUUUCCUGCACCCUCUUGCUUGCGCUACGAUGAAGAAGGGUUUCUUAGAAAAGUGGAAGUUAUUGAGUGGUUGGAAACGUUUGGCAUGAAACUUGAACCUAUUGCGGGAGAGUCGGCAUGGCAAGCUGGGAAACAUUCCAAACAUCUUCAGACUUUGAAAGAACAAAUGAAUUUGUUGAGUAUGGAACUUGGGAGUGAUCGUGAUUGUAAUCAGUUGUUAUCCCUAGCAGUCAGUGCCAAAAACUCCAUGCAUCAGGUGCGAGGAUACAGUCCUAAUCAAUGGGCUUUCGGACAAAGCCACAGUAGGUUGUCUUCCUUUUCGCAGCAGUAUCAAAAUUUGCCACUGCAGUCACGUCAUGAAGACCUGACCUUUGAGGAGAAUCUUCAAACUGAGGUCACUGCCCAACGUUUGUUUUUGAAAGUGGAUGCACAGCGAAGGCUCUCUCGAGCUCUCCAUUCGAAAUGCCGACCUUUGAAAGAGUUCCAAUUGGGCGAACUCGUCUAUUACUUUCGAAGAGGAGUGAAAGAGGGAUCACGGUAUGGGGGACAUUGGCAUGGACCAGCACGUGUUUUGACACAUGAAAAGACUUCCUCUUAUGAAACUGGACAACAUUUGGGAUCUAUCGUUUGGAUUUCACAUGCUGGUAAAAUCCUUAGAUGUUCACCUGAGCAGCUUCGUCCUGUGCAGCAUGAUUUGAGACAUCUGGACAAGGACAUUAAUGGACCACGAAACUUCUUUGAUUUGUUGGAAGGCAUCAAAAAUCAACAAAGGUAUCUAGAUCUGACUUCUGAUGUCGAAGCCAUGACACGUCUUGACACGCAAGAACCUGAUGCAAAAAGCCACUCAGUGAACUCCGCUAUCCUGACGAAGCUUUCGGUGACACAACCCGAGAGCGCAAUGUCGAUGCAAAGCGCCGACCUGAAGACUCUGUUGGACCUUCAGGACAAGAAGGGACAAGUGAGUCGAGAGGAGAUUCAGAGCAUGUCGCUCGAAGACCUCGGCUCGAUGAAGAUGGACCAAGGGGAGCGCCACAAGGGGCAUCUCUUCCAGGAGAUCUACAAGGACAAGAGCUACAACCGUUGGGUGGCAAGCCACAUCAAGGACGACGACCCAGUCUUCCGAACUAUCCACAAGUACAAGAUCUACCUGCAUCGUCGUCUAGCUCAGGAGCUCGAGGAGGAGAAUGUCCUGGGACAUCCAGGAAGCGGAAGCCAUCAACUUCCCCUGAAACCUUCGAACGUGAAGAAGGUGCACACCAAGGAGGGGUCCCGCCAAGCAGCAGAACUGGAAGCCAUGGGUCAGUUGACUCCAAUGCCCAUUCCGGACGACGAGAGCCUGUCUCAUUGGAGCCAGGUGGAGAACAUGGAGAACGACAUUCAGAACCUCCACAAUGGCAACGAGCAGCUGCACCAACGCAUGGCGCAGAUGGAAGCAUGCAUGGCCCAGAUUCUCACGGUCUUGCAGUCGGGACCACAUGGAGCGUUGAGCCAGGAGAACACGAACUGA